GUAGUGUCAAAUUUUGCACCGCCACCAACACGCCCAUUCUUUGACAUGUCCACCAAGGCAGGUCUGAGGCCAUGGCUUUCUGCUACCAGAUGUAUGCGUAUAAGCCAGCCUUCGGGCCCGCAACAUAGAAGGAAUGUGUUCACUUCCAGUGACGAAUCAUUUCCUUUGCAAUCACCAGAUGAUUGGCAGUUGUUACAAGACCGCCGUAUACGUUUCAAAAUGCUCGUUGAUCUUUUCAGCGAGCAUGGUUCCAAUGUUACGCGAGAUAACGCCUUUCAACCCCACCAUCAGUUGCAUCGACCUCUCGCUUCAUCUGAAGCAACAUUAUCCGCACUAAUAGCUGCUGGCGCGCAUUUUGGACAUGCUAAAUCUUUGCUCAAUCCAAAUUUUAUGCCCUACGCGUACGGUGUUCGCGCCGGCAUUACGAUAAUUGACCUCGACUCGACACUUCCACUCUUGCGGAGGGCUGCGAACCUCACUCGCGCCGUCGUUGCAAGGGAUGGCACAGUUGUCUUCGUGGGUACCCGUCCAGAUCUGCGGGCUGUUGUGCGCAAAGCGGCAGAGAGGAUUGGACCACAGGCUUUCCACGUUGGCGAAAGAUGGCUUCCCGGCACACUUACGAACAAACUGCAACUGUUCGGGUCUGACGUCACAAAAGGGCAGCGUGUCACACCCGACCUCGUCAUCUUCUUAAACCCCCUGGCAAAUAUCCAUGCCAUUCGCGAGUGCGCCAUACAACAUAUUCCCACCAUUGGCAUUGUUGACUCGAACGUCGAUCCUCGCGUUGUGAUGUAUUCCAUCCCUGCGAAUGACGAGAGCCCUCGAACAGCAGAGUUAAUCGCGGGUGUCCUCAGCAUAGCUGGAAGAGAGGGGAGGGUUUUGCGAGAGAAACAAGAACAAAACAAAGAGCUACGACUGUCCCAAUACAUGCGUGCUCAAGAACGAGGUUCUCCGCGAUAUGUUACUGACAGAGAAUAGUUUUACUACGUGCGGUUUAUAACGUUGUUUUGACUAUGAUGAUUGAACCUCACUCCAGUAUUCUGUAUCAUCCUUCAGUAACCACAACGCCAUAAUUUAGCAACAGACUCACUCUCAGCAUCAGUC